CUUCUUCGUCUUUUUUUAUCAACAGUGCAUCAUUCCUGGAAGAUCCACCAUGGGCGGCGGGCGACUGCAAGCGGCGCUCCUUCUGGUGGUGUGUGCUGCGACCUCGCUGACCUCGGCCGAAUAUGAAGAUGGCAUUCCGCUCUGCAAGAACAUAGAACAGGACACGAACAGCGCAUUCGAGUGGGUACCUAUAGGAGGCAGUAAAGAUGUAAAGAACGAUUGCCUGUUGAACAACACGCAUGACGAUUGCAUAGGAAACAUAACUUUAUUCGAGAACCAGUUGAAGACUCUAAAACGAUGCCAAAGUUACAUCGUCAAGAGAGAACCCUGUGUGAUGGUGGAGAGAAACGCCACUUCAAACAACUUACACAUGUUGUUGUUGCUCCUUGACGUUGAGUGUGCUACAGGAAAUAAACCGGGAGACGAGAGUCGUGUAGACAGUUGUUUAGUGUGCUUUCAUUCUGUCUCGAAGGAGAACACCGUGCAGACAAUCCUUACAGUGCCAAGUACCACACGUUUUAUGCCCGAAACGACGGAUGCGCCUCCAACACAGACACCAUGUGUGGAGAAUCCAACUCAGGAUAGUUGUUGGUGCACUGGCAUUGGAAUAGGUAUUUGGAUAAACGUGUUGCUGAAUACAAUCUUUCUUAUUGUAUGUAUGUCAUUCAUACGGCUACGACAGGGGUGAAUGCUGCCUACGUAUGUCAGGGAACUGAAGACAAUACCAUGUUAAUAAAGAAGUCAAUAUAACACUAGCUUAACACAAGGAGGUCUUUGGGGGGGGGGGGGCUAAAGAAGCUUGUUGGGGGUGAAUUUUAUUAAUUUUUACCCAUAUUUGGCGGGAAAGAAAUCCCAGAACGACAUGUGAACAUUAUAUUUUGGCUUUUCCGCAAAAAUCUCUUAAUCUAAGGUUUUUCCCGAUUUGUUAUGUUAUUUUUUUUAUGUUUUCAGUGUCGCUAACGAGAAAACCUACUGAUUAAAAAAAAAAAAAAAAAAAAAAAGACAUUUUCCAAAAUUUAAAAGAGCAGAGUUGACACUUAC